AUGUUGGCAUUCAUCCUAGCGGUUUGUUUCCUAUCUCUACAACUUGAGGCAAAACCAUAUUAUCCUCCCGAAAACUGCCCAGAAGUUGGAGACAGACAGAUUUCGACUGAUAUGCGAUAUACGCUUUUCGCCUUCAUGAAAUUUGAUAACCCAAAUGUGGUGUACAGUUGUGAACUUGAAAAACUAAAUAUUCCAUUCAUAGAUACUAAUGAAUGGCCAAGUGACGAAUAUACUCCUUUGCUACACUUCGGUAAAAAGAGUAGAUGGCCGUCGGUGGAUGCUUUUCUUCAAGAAACAUUCGAUCACUGGAAGCCAAGAGAUGCAAAGGAAGUUGGAUGCAGCUUUAAAGACGAUGGCGAAGAGUACAAAGUUACAUGUGUGUGGAAGACGAAGUAA